UGAGUCGUCUGUGAUUGGUUUAUACUACAUGUCCACGUGCACCCGGUGUGAUCUUGGGUUUAACACCGUGAGAGCGUUCCACUUUGAUGCGAAAGAAGGUAGCCUAUGUAACGUAGAUCCAACUGCAAGGGAAUUAUUACCUUCAAUGAGUUGGAAGUAGCAGUCCCGGACAAAUCCACUGACCAUGGGCCGGCAGACAGAAAGAGCAUGCCACUAAUAUAAGGAAGAGCAGGCAAAAGGCUAUCUUGUUUCGCCAAUUAUCCUGUGCACACUACAGUUCCUCGUCUAAGUCUGCCAUGCCAGUAGACUUAGCAAUGCCACUCUUCCUGGCAAAUGGGGACUUCCAUGGGAAAAGGUGCUCCGGGCCUGUAAAAGCUUUACAGCCAUGUCUGAACCAAGAUGAAGGCCAAACAGUCAAACGAGGUUGCUCCCAGCAGUGGUCCAGUUUGGACGAGGUGAGCACACUCAAAGCAAAGAAGAAGCAGGUGUCUUUUGCUGACCACAGGGGCAUGGCUCUCACCAGGAUCAAAGUCUUCUCGGAGUUCGAGGAUCCCAUCAUCCCCCCGCUCAACAUCCAGGAACUUCUGCGCUCGGCGCUCAGCCUGUCAGAGAAGGACACGCUGGUCCUCGCCUUCACCCAGCCGUCAUCCGACUACCUGCUCUUCCGCCAGCGGCUGGAGCGCGACUACGUCUGCCUGGAGCACUGCACGCUCCAGGAGCGGGCUCUGGUGGGCACGGUGAAGGUCAAGAACCUGGCCUUCGAGAAGUCGGUCAAGCUGCGCAUCACCUACGACACGUGGAAGAGCCACGUCGAUGUGCCGUGCCAGUACGUGAAGGCCACCUACACUGACGAGAACCGGGACACCUUCGCCUUCGAGGUGAGCCUGCCCAGUGACUUGCGGCCGCACGAGCGUAUCGAGUUUGCCAUCCUCUAUGAGGAGAGCGGAGUACAACACUGGGACAGCAAUGAGGGGCAAAACUACAGGAUCGUUCCGUCCUCGCUGAAGGUAGAACACCAGAAUACAAGUCCAAUACAAAAUGACACCAGUGACUGGGGCAUUCACUUUGACUGCUAUGGGAGCCCCAGAUGCUCUCAUGGGAUCUUCCCUAAUUGGCCAGGAUAUGCAAGCUAUGAGGAAAUCGGGCCUUACUACUAGUCCUUGUAAUGCUACUAGUCUUUCAGACCUGUUGUCUUCAUAUUUGCCAAUGGAAGAUUGAGAUGGCAUCUUUUUUCCUUUGCGUGCAGGGUAAAGGUAGUACCACUUUCUGACCUCAGACACACUAACUCAGAACUAAGACGGUGUCUUGGCUUUAUUACACCAAUCCAAACAGGAUGAAUUCAAAGAAUGGGAAUGUGCACCUGUGCAAUAUUGCUUCUUGCCUGUAAGGGCCCGAUGUUGGUUUUCCAUUUGAGGAACAUUUUUAAGAAAACAAUUUUUUUUGUCCAAUUUUGAGAGGCACAAAGGUAUGUUGUAUGCAUCCUUCAAUGUGUUCAGGAUUCUCUCAGAACUGGCCAUUUCGUGUUUUUUAGAUUCCUCACUCAGAUGAGCUAAUGUUUGUUGUGUAUGUUUGAGUGUCUGUGUGAUGGAGAGUGGGUGAGUGAGCAAAAAGAGUGUAAACCCAGUUAUGGUAUUUUCUGACACAGCUGCUACUUUAUUGAGUUUAUUUAUGAGUAUGACUGGGGACUUCUGUCCUUAUGAUGUGCCAAUAUUAAUUGUCAUUGGUCUUAAGGCUGUUUUUAAUGGCAAAGUACUUUAAUUGUUUGCGCUGAGGAAAGGCAUCAUGAAUAAGACCAAAAUUAUUAAUCUGAUUGUUGGAUUGGGAGGGAGAAUUGAGAAUGGAAUUGUUCCUUUUGAUUGCAGUCACAUAAUAGAACUGUUAAAAGGUGUGGUGCUUAUUUGUUGAACUUUUAAAUGUCUUUAAAGCUUUUAGUUGUUUUAACAUUGGGCCAGGAACACUUUUUUUUUUUUUUCAUGUUCACAUCAGAUUCUUGUUCCCUUUUGAUGGGUAUUAAUCUUUUUGUUUGCCUUUUGGAAAUUAUGUAAACAUGGUGUCUUCAAUACCACAAUAGUUGAUUAAGUGAAUGUCUGUUUUCUUAGUUUUUUCUAAUUAGUGUUAAGUGAUUAUAGGGAUGUGCACAUUCACAAGCACCUGCUACCGUUUUGUCUGUUAUGCAGUUGCAAUCAGCUGCUUUUUACUAAAAGGUGUUUCACAUGUGAAUUUACAACUGUGAAUCUGUGUAAUUUUGUGUCAGGGAUAUAUUGAUCUCUGGUGUUUAAUUUGAAUGGGAAUUGUAAGUCAUUCUUUUUUUUCUUUUUUGAAAAUAAUAAAUACAUACAAAUAC